UGGAAAUAACAUGGCAACUUUAUUCAUGCCAAUUGGACUGAUAAAAUUUGUUAAUAAAAUUGCAAAAAAAAAAUAUUUCUACGUGUACACCGGUAGAACAAAUAAAUAAAUUUACUAAUUUUAUUUCUCCAUAAUGCCGCCAACAAAGGUCAAACAACAAAACUCUGCUAAAAAUCCAACACAAAAAUUCAAUGAGACUCACGCCAGAAACAUUGAAGUGGCCAAAAAACUGGUUGAAAACUACGUUUCGUCGUCAGAAGAUGAAGAAGAAUUGGAUGAAAAUACUAUUUUAAAAUCGUUAUACCAGCACUAUGAUAAACGCACGGAAGAUGAACCGCUAUUGGCCAAAACUGCCGGCUUUUUGGAAAAUGUUUUACAAACUGGUGCAGCUACGUGUCUUAUUUGCAUAGGCAGCAUUAAGCGUUCAAAUGCUAUUUGGUCCUGUAAAUAUUGUUAUUGUUUCUUUCACUUGAACUGCAUAAAACGUUGGGCUAAUGACAGUAUGGCCCAGGCAAAGGCUCAAACGCAAAAUGAACAGGGCUACUACAAUCACAUGGGAGAAUAUGUGCCACCUAAGAAGCCCAAAGCCUUACAUUGGUGUUGUCCUCAGUGUAGAAGAGAAUUUCAACCCGAGGAAAGACCUUCGGAAUAUGAGUGCUUCUGUGGCAAAGAAAUAAAUCCGCCCUCACAGCCCUGGUUAAUACCCCACUCUUGCGGUGAAAUCUGUGGUAAAGCGCUACAGCCAAAUUGUGGUCAUAAAUGUACUUUACUAUGUCAUCCCGGACCAUGUCCACCUUGCGCCCAAUACGCCAUUACAUCCUGUAAAUGUGGCAAAUCCCCUGCAAAGUCAGUACGUUGCGCCAAUAAGUUGUGGGAAUGUCAACAGAAAUGUGAAUUGCUAUUGCCCUGUAAGGAGCAUGUUUGCAAAAAGGUAUGCCACAAGCCAGGACAGUGUCCACCCUGUCAGCAGACAAGUAUGCAACCAUGUGAAUGUGGACUUGAAAAGGCAAAACGUCCAUGUUGCGAUCAGAAAUGGCAUUGUAAAAAACCCUGUGGUAAGCCAUAUUCUUGUGGCUUGCAUACUUGCAAGAAAGUUUGCCAUUCGGGUGACUGUGGAGAUUGUCCUUUAAGUUUACCACGUUCCUGUCCUUGUGGUAAAACUAAAAAAGUUGGUCCCUGUUCGGAAGUAAUAGAUACUUGUGGUGAUACUUGCCAAAAGCUAUUAGCUUGUGGCAUACAUACUUGCACACAACGCUGUCACAAGGGAAAUUGUAAUUUGUGUUUGAUUAUAACGAAAAAGAAAUGCCGCUGUGGUAUGCACGAAAAAGAACUACCCUGUUCCAAGGAAUUUACAUGUGAAACCAAGUGUAAACAAACACGAGAUUGUGGCAAACAUCCCUGCAAUCGUAAGUGCUGCGAUAGAAACUGCCCACCAUGUGACAAAGUGUGCGGCAAACCCUUGUCCUGUGGUAAACAUAAAUGUCAAUCGAUUUGCCAUAAGGGCCCCUGUUAUCCAUGUCAGCAAAAGUCGCAAAUCAAUUGUCGUUGUGGUAAAAGUAAAAAGAGCGUUCCCUGUGGUCGGGAACGUACAGCCCGUGUAGUUUGUUUGGAACCAUGUCGCAUACCUUCUAAAUGCCAUCAUGAAAAUAAGCAUCGCUGUCAUAAAAAUGAGUGCCCACCUUGUGCACAACCUUGUGGUUUAGCAAAUGACACCACCAAGUGUGAUCACAAGUGUAUGGCGAAAUGUCAUGCCUCGGUUAAGGUGGCCAAGAAGGCUAAUCCCGAUACUACCAGCAUAUGGGAGCCUACUAAGCAGUUUGAAUUUAAACAAAUGCCUCAUCCACGUUGUGAACAAAAAGUAAGCGUAACCUGCAUCGGAGGACAUGAAGUAGCUGAUUGGCCCUGUUGGAAUUCUAAACCAACAUCCUGUCAGCGUUUGUGUAAUCGUUUCUUAAGCUGCGGCAAUCACAAGUGCUCUUUAGUAUGUCAUGCUGUAGCGGAUUUAAAAGAUAUGAAGCAACAACCUGGUUGUGCUCCUUGCGAACAAGGUUGUAAUAUACCACGACCCGAAGGAUGUACACAUAAUUGCCCAAGACCUUGUCACCUGCCACCCUGUUAUCCUUGUAGCGUUGCUAUUAAAACUAAAUGCCAUUGCGGCUUAAUGCCCAUUAUCUAUAAAUGCAGCGAUUAUUACAAUUCUGAGGCUAGUGAAGGUGAAAUCUUGGAAAGACAAGAAAACUUAAAGAGCUGUGGUAAUAGAUGUUUAAAAAAUUAUCCUUGCGGUCAUCGUUGCGCAGCUAAAUGUCAUUCUGGUCCUUGUCCCUAUCCCGAAUCUUGCCGCAAGAAAUUACGCAUCUACUGCGAUUGUAAACGUUUAAAAACGGAAAUUUCCUGUGAUAAACAUCGAGCUGGUCUACAAAAAUUACAAUGCGAUGAAAAUUGCAUAGAAACACAAAAGACACUAGAGCUUGCACGACAAAAGGAAGAGGAAUUACGACGUAAACAGGAAGAAGAACGUAAUCGUUUGGAAGUAGAACAAUUUGAAAAGAAAUUUAGCAAGCGCAAACCCAAAGAACGUAAAACUUUAGAAGUAAAACAAAAAGAUCCUAUCAAUUGGAAAUUAGUUGGAGUAUAUGCUGGUAUUUUUGCAGCUGUAUUGCUAGCAGUUGCUUUAGCUUUUUAUGAAGAUCAUUAAGUGUA